AUGCGUCCCUGUCUUACGACUUUUACACCUAUAACCUACUACUACUACUACUACUACUACUACUACUACUACUACUACUACUACUACUACUACUACUACUACUACUACUACUACUACUACUACUACUACUACUACUACUACUACUACUACUACUACUACUACUACUACUACUACUACUACUACUACUAUAUCUACUACUACAACUCCAAUACUACGAGUACUAGUCGGUCUAAGCGUCCUAGGACAUGUUUGUGGAGCUCCGUGGCUGCUGGUGUUACGCGUCACUUCAGUAGAAGCCGCUUAUACAUGUGCCCCUCCUCCCUAGUGAGUGAGUUCGUCGGGGGACCGUCUGCUCGGAUUUUGUAAGUUCGUUAGGACGGUUUGCUCUAACCCUUAUGUACGUAGUACCGCAGGACUUUAUAGGCCAUGGCAAGGUCUUAAUGCCUGUUGAUGAAUUUUUCAUCUGGAUACCGCACCUAACGUGUGAGUCUGUCUGCUGUUGAGACGCAUCGGCACAAGAUGGUCGCUCCUUGAAGAUCAAAAGUGAGGCCGGUUUGUAACAAAAUGCCCGGCUGGAAGGGAAUCAGGUGUUGGGGGACGUGCGGUACACCUUCGCCCUGACAUCUUUGAGCGCAUCUGUGACCGAGUAAAUUGAAACACACACCUGCAUGAGGGAUCUACUUUGAGUCGCGCACAAACUAAAUGCGUAGAUAAAAGAGGAUCGCUGUUCUUGUGAAAUAUCGAUAUGCCGUUACUUAAUGUCCCAGUUUCCCGGAAAAAUUCCAACGGUUGAUAAUUAUCAAAUCCAGUUUUAAACUACAAUUCAAGGUCACACGCCUUAGUUUGAGUGCUGAGGUGGCCAUCUUCAAGUCUGCCAAAUUAAGGCAGCAUUCCGAGUGAUAUACGGUUACUGCAAAUAAUGCCAUAAGAGAAUUCGCAGGCGGUCCUUCUCGUGCAUUCAACAGUACGAGCUUUAAAAUUUCCGAGAGACCGUUUUUAUGGUAAAAUAUCAAAAUAUGAGCUGAGAUCUUUAUAAAUCAAUUUUGUAGACCAAAUUUCUGGAUUGUGGCUUUUAGAAAUGCGUCUAACACAGGUGCAUACCGACGACAGUUUUGAAAAAUCAAUUUUAUUGCCAGGCACGAUUUUCGCAUUGUAUAAAAUUCAGCUUUUCACCUCUGCAAAAAAGGCAAAUUUAAAAAUGAGACCUUAGUGUUGACGUCCAUAACAUAUAUAAGGUGUAUCUCUUUUCCCCCAAAAUGAUUGUGCAAAUUUUGUAAAAUAACUAAACAGUAUUAUUAAAUUGGGUUGAGCAUAGAUCCGUGUUUAAGAUGAGUAAAGAGCCGCCCGCUCAGUGAGCAAUACGCGAUCAAGCAGACGCCACACUUGACUGACGUUCGACGGAUUUAUUGUUCUGAUGUUUUUCACAGCAGAAUGGUCAUUCAAAUAUUCUGGGCCUUGCUACAAAGACCGUCCUUAGGAUUCUGCCAAUCACUCUUAAUGUGUGGGAAUAUUGACUUGAAAUUCUCGCGUUGCGAUCAGUUCAUCGUGAUACUCUUUAUUGUACGGCUUGAUUUAGUCCCAUAUCCGAUAAAAACAUACAGUUGAGAACUAACUUUGCACACCGACAACGAUGCGAACCUGAAACACUUUCUAAUUAAAUGAGGCGGAUAAAUGUGUGUGCAAACCCUAAGGGCCACAGCUUUCUACGUGCGUGGGUGCUUAAACCAGAAGUUUAGUGAAUCGACCUAAUUAGACCGAUCAUUGUAUAUUCAGUCCUAUUGCUUGCAUUACAGGGGAAGAGAGCCAAAUACUUUGCUUAGUAAAAUCCCUGGUGAAAUCACUCAUGGAGAGAAUGUACGUACAUACGUCACCCUGCACAAACUUCAGACGACAGAGUUCUCGCUUCCAUAGCAAUUUCCAAACUGAUAAGUAGAGCUUGUGGUUGGCGACGAAAAAAUGUGGUUGAGCAAAGGUUCAUGGCCACACCCGAAGGGUUCAGUCAAACAGGAAUAUACGGAGCCAGCGCCCAGCCCGAGUGGUCGUUCGUCCUUUACUUUUAGCAUGACUGAUUUAUAAUAGUGCAGUUUAUUUUAGUGCAGAUAGGGCGGGCACAUUCCAUGUAUGUAUGCAAUUGUACAAGUCAGCUACCUCCCUCCCCUACCGGUCUUAGGGGGACUGCGUGGGCUGGGUCAGAUACUGAAAUCCUAGUUACUUAGCCCCACCGUCCGGCCAUAUCUGCUCCUGUCCAAUUCGGAUUCCGCAUGCUCCUACACACAUAAAAACCGAUAUUCUACAUUUGUCUAUUACUGUUCUGCCCAAGGUUUGUCAGCGCCUGCUGUGCCAAUAUCAGCAAACCAUGGCCCUCGCAGCCCAGUGUGCGCUGGCAGUUCUCCGGUUUCUGGUUCUCUGGCGGUAGAUGCGCUUGCGUUCCGGCUGGAUAUACAGGUGGUGGGCAUGACUGCCCAGCCAUCCUCGUCCUUCGUACCCCUGUUGGGGUGCUGUUGUUGGUUAAAGUCCUGGUCAAGUGUAUGUUGUGGACCAGCGGGUGUGGAAGCACGCCUAUAUGCGGGUCUGGCCGUGCUAGCAAACGGCAUCCUCCCCUGCCUUUGGUUUCCUUGCCUCUAUUUUGACACUGGGUCAAGGUGGUGAUUGGGGUAGAGAGAGUGCGGUAGAUGCUGCGCAAGUCUACAUCCACAAUAAACUUCUCCACGUGCAAGCCACCGUGCCUGCUGCACCCUGCUGUGUAGCACACGGUGGACAUCGUCGGAAUCGACUGUCGAACUUGGGCGUCGGCCACCAAUUAUAGUUAGGAAGUCUUCAUGUGCUCCACUUAUGUGAUACACCUUGGUUCCGUUGUCCAUAACACGUUCACACUUCGAAACGGGAUACCCUUACCUGAUCUUUCUGUUUCCUUCCGAAGCGCUUUCCAAGGUAGCUUGAAUGAACUGUCGGCACUACUGGCUAUCUGACUACUUUUCCCAGAAAGUUCGCAAUGAUCCCUGACCUCUUGCGUCUUCUCAGUCCAUUUUACCGUCAUUCUACAGAGGUGUCGAAGUACGAUACUCGACAGCGGGGAGUGUACACACAGAAACACAACCAGUUGUAGUCAGCGUUCUCCCUGCGCGAGUGUCGGCCGAAGUGUAUGCGUCCGGACUUCCUUCGGUUGGGGCCAAUCUAUGAGGAGAUAAAUAUCCGUCGGAGCCACGGCGUCGGAAGCCAGAGACUGCGUCACGCGCGUUAGGUGGGCCGAAAGCAGUAUGAAUAAGUGGUGGCGCUGACGGCCGUGAGAGUAGGCACCUACAGAGGCAAAAUCCACUCCCAGUAUCUCAUCAUACAUACAUCCUAAAUGAACUCCUCUUGUCCCUCAGAACCUUCUAGGUUGGACGUACGUGAUUGGACAUUCGCCAGCCUAUUUGCUCCAUGUCGUUUACAGUUUGUUUCUUGGACACACAUAAUGACAAAAUAGCAGGCAGUUUUAAAGUCGCCAGGACAGGCGUAAUCCAAGCUGUCAUCCUCUUUCCCCUCUUGAGUUUAGCGUAGAUUCGGGAAUGCUCUUUUGUCGGCAAGGACAGCUCGUUUUGCUGUUCUUCAGUACUGGCCGUGCUUCGUCGUAUUCGACCCAUUCAGUUGAACACCGUAAUGCCAAACACACACACACACUCGCCCACUACAUUGGCUGAAUAUAACUCCCACACAGUAGUAUUCGAGCAGCCAAGUAUGAAAAUGCCUAUCAGUGGACAUCACUGUGCCAAGUGGCCAUCCAAAUCCAGUACAAUCUUGUUAUAUUUCCAGCCACUGAGCGAUGGUGUAGCGUCAGGAACAUGUGCGUACCCGGGGUCUUGCAAGUGCUGAGUAUGCGCUGGCAGUUCCCUGACACCUGGUUCCCUGCCGGUAGAUGCGCUUGCUCUCCGGCUGGGUAUACAGGUCGUGGGCAUGGCUGCCCAGCCAUCCUCGUUCUUCUUACCCCUGUUGGGUUGCUGUUGUUGGUUAAAGUCCUGGUUAAGUGUUUGUUGUGAACCGGAGGCCGUGGUGGUGCGCCUAGGCGCGGGUCCGGCCGCACCAACCAUCUGCGCCCUCCCCGCCUCCCGCUCUCUUGACUCUGUCUCCAAAUCGGAUCCAGGUGGGGAGGCGGAGAGAGGGCAGUAAAUGCUGCGAACGUCUACUCUCACUAUACACCAAUUGGCGUAUAAGUCACCGUGCCUGCUUUACCUUGCUGUGGUGCACACGGUGGACAUCGUCGGAUGCAACGGUCGAACUAUCAUCAAUACUGCUUUGUUGUUUACUGCCCUACCGGUGUUUAAGAGCCCUCAUUUAACUUUUGUUGAAAUGUGGGAAUCAAUUUCAAAGCGAGUAACCGCUAAACUCACUGUACUUGAAGGUCUCAAGCUCUCCCGAAAAUAUUUGCUUGCAAGAAGGACGGCGAUAUUUUGUCCUCUGCAGCAUGUCAUUUUUGGCAAAGACCGUGUUGGACUGGUUCGUGGGUAUUAAUUUAAAUUCUUGCUACUUUUCAGACAGAACACAUGCGGCAAGUUAAAAGACAGAGUCUCCCCCACCUAGUGGAGUGUAUUUCAUGCCGACCGCGGAAAAAGCGCUAAAUACGAUUCCUGUUUUCCUAUUCGUUUUUUUUCUAAUUUUAGCACCUUUGCAAACAAAGUAAAGGGGAACUGCCUUUGAAGUAGUCCCGUCUGCUAAAUACCGUGUGCGUUCCAAUUGCAGUGUGAUUGCUUGCUUUAACUUUAUGAACGUACAAGGGUGUUAAAAUCUUAUUAGGAAAAUCAACAAAAGGCAGUAUUACGUAGUCGGUUCUGAGCACUCGAGUUCUGAAAUAAAACUCAUCAGGGUUAAAAGAAGGAGGUAUGUGAUUCUUUAAAUUCCGUGACCGGCGUAUGUCACACAACAGACGAGAUAGUCAGUGCUAUUUUCCAUCUAGGAAGUCAAUCAAGCUUUAUGACUAAAAGAUCUUCGUCUCCCUAAAAGGGCAAAACGAGGAAAGACAGUAUAAUUGGGACUGGCGAAUCCAGGUUGCUUUGGGCGAAUUUUCUCACUUUCGCAAAUGAGUAGUUUAAGCGACUCGGGGUGAAUGUGUGCCGUGGGGUUGUGGGAUAAUGCUACCGUUAACCGCUCAAAAGAAUGCAAGAUUGUGAUUCAGUUUACGGCUAUAAUAUAAUUUUUAGACCACAGUCAGCCUCUCCGCCCGCGGUUAGCAAAGCAUUUUCAUCCCUGCCAACAGUCCAGAUGUCAGUCCUAUAGAAAAGCUUUCUGUAGUAAUCAAACGAAGUUAGUGUAACACAAGAAGACGUUUUUCAUUAAUGAGAAGGCGAAAUAUUUGCAUAAUAAUUGUGUAGAACUGUCCAAUACAGGUAAAUUGGCAAAUUCUUUGUCCUCUCGGCUUACAGCCUAUUGCACACAACGUUGGCAAUCCACAAAGUACUAGUACUUUGUAUUUUUCGUUGUUUUUUUCGUAUUCCUGCAGGCUUAUUAUACUCCUCUUUCUUACCGCCCGGUAUAUGCAGACAUCAGAAGACGAUACGUCAUAAAGUCGGUUUAUAAAAUGAUGGUUUUCCAUGAAAUAAGUCAUUUCUCCACCGUCACUGGAGAUUACCUGCUUGACCCUGAAAAUAGUUAUUGUGGUUGUUUUCGAUAACACUCUGGAAAGUUCAACAGUUAUCACGUCUAAGAUCCUUGAGGACUUUUAUGAACACAAAUUCGAAUGAAUUGACAUGGAUACUUAUGGAUGCAUAUCAACGCGCUCUUAUGUAUUACCGGACGGAAUAUUUUGGUUUCGAUGUUAGGGUGCAGUUCUUAAAAGGAUACCUUUCAAAGGCAGGUCCGGUUUUCAAAAGCUACGCGUUUAUGCCCACUUAAGCUAAUGUUAGAUUAUCUUAGACAUGAGGAGACGCCACUCAUUUUCCCUUGAAGAACGGCCGUUUAUUUAAUGCAGGGUAAUUUUCUUGGAUGGGGGGGGGAUGUUGAAAGAACUUUAAAUGCAAAUCUUCUGACUUUUCUUGUGCUACGUCACUAACUGUAUAUAUUGUAUAACUGUAACAGCGCACGCGCAAAGUAAGGUACGGUAGAGGGCUAACUCAUGAAAUGUCUGCCGAAAUUUGAAAUGCGUUUUCGUCUCAAAAAGAUUAAUUAAGGUUGUAAAAGUAGUCAGCCUGCAGCAUGAUCCUAUAAUAAUUCCAUUACCUCAGGAUGCCGACUUUCAAAUUAACGUCUUUCCGGUCGCAUGAAAAAACCAUACUCUUCAAAAAUGAAUACUUAAGACGCAUUCAUUUUUCUCAUUGAUUUUCGAUGCCCUUAAAAAUUUAAUUAUAUUUCAUGCAAAAAGUGCAUUAGAAAAAUUCAUUCUCUUGCCCAUUUUGUAGGAAUUGACGUCCUCUUUCAAGUUUAUACUCGAAGAUAGUGUAUAAUUCGGUUUAAGAAAGUUUCUAAUUGUGUGAUUUUUUAAUACCGUUAGAUGGCGGUUCACAAAACCUCAUGUGUCUGCAUUUACCAAUGUGGCUUGUAAAGUUAACAAUAUGACUCAAAUUCACUGCCAGAUUUAUGAACCCAAUAUAGUCUCCUCUUAAUACCGUACAGAAAUAUAUGGUUUUUAGCACGUGGAAAAUAUACGGUUUGUAGUUUGGAAACCCUGAAUUAUAAUGCGACGGCAGGUGGGGUUCGGAAUUAUUCGGGAAUUCGAAAAGCUUUUGAAAACCAAAUGAUACCCCUCCUACCCGUAUAAGACUGGAAGACGACGUAAAUGUCUAUGGAAUGAGCAAGAGAAUAAAUAUAUUUAUGCUUGUUUUUCAUGAAAUAUAAUUGCAUUUUAAAGGUCAUCGAAAAUCGAUUAGAAAAUGCAUGCUUUUUAAGUAGUCAUUUUUUGGAGAGUAUGGUUUUCGAAACGAAAACACAUUUCGGAAUUUCGGUUAACAUUACAUGAAUUAGCCUAGGUACUGUAUGUUGGAUGAAAAAAUAUAAAGUUUCUGUUGCGCUAUCCCUAAAAAGCAGAUGUUUUUUGCUGUUUGUGUAAUUAAGGGCAGUAAGAAAGACCUUAUGCUGUAAGAUGGGGGUUCACAGUCAUUGCAUAAGGGAUCCCUGUAAUCGUUUCACUGUUGAUGCAUAAUUUAUUGUGGACACUUAAUGCCUGGUGGAUUCGGACUUACGCAUCCUAGAUUGGAUUCAGGGGACUUCCCUAUUGGACGUUGCCUGUGGCAUUCAAACUUACUUGCUUUUGACAAGUGUCGUAUGUAAUAUCUACACGUCCGGACUGCGCUUCCCGUCUUUUGAGCCGCCGAAUUUCUUGUAUUGCCGUCUCAACACUUAUGCACACUCUGAACCUACUUCAUAUCUUGUUGAGAAUAUACAACAAUCAUGUUUGAGAUAGCUCGUGAAACUUAGAAGAAGAGGACACCAUUAAUGGACGCUGACCCUUAGGUUCGUUAAAUAAAAAAAUUAUCAAGAAAUUUUUGAUAAAUUAUGUUUAAUGUUUGUCAUCCACUCCGGUUUUUUGCUACAUACCAUGAAGACACUUUUUGCUGCUCAUUGCAAACGAUCAGCUGAAUGUGUGAACUUGGUUAGAGUAAACAAAUAUCGCUCAGUCACUAUUUCAUUCAAUUUUAUUAAACUGCAGGAAGGCCAACAAUUGCAGUUACGUUUUCUUUAAGACCCACACAUGUCUUUAGUGUUUAAUGACAAUUCACACUGUUCCCCGAAAAGGGGCUUGCUAGUUCCUAGGCCCUGCUGGCACUACUGGGUCAACUCAUUCAGUGAGCUUCCUUCGGGGGUUUCCGUACGCAUUUGCCGGUCGAAGCGAUGGUCAGAUCAGGCUGACACUUGUCGUCUUGGUGGUUGCAAUCUGUCAGAGGUUCGGGCAAUAGCCGUGGGCGACGACAUGAAGAGUACUACACAGCGGAUUGAUUCUUUUCAGGCCACUCCGCUAGUUAGAUGUAUGCUCUGUAAAAUUAAACCAAUAUUACUCAGCUAAUGCGGCAGAUUGCACGGUUAUUUAAAUUUUCUUCAAUUUUCAAAAACCUGCCUUAACAUAGAAGACGCCCGCUUCGCGCUGCUACAGUGACUAACCGAUCUCAUGAAAUGUUGGCCCAAAUUCUAAAAUGUGUUUUCGAUUAAGGAAAAUUAUUUAAGUGGGUUUGUAAAAUUGAUUAUUGUGCAGUAUAAUCCUAUAGUAUUUCUGACUCGUCAGCAUGUCGGCUUUUGUAUGCACUUCUUCUCCACCUUGUCCAAACGCCACACUCGCUGAAAAAUGGCUACUUAAGUAGCAUAAAUUUUUCACAGAUUUUUAAUGGCCUUAUAAAUUCAAACAUAUCUUGUAGAAAACAUGCACAAAAACGUUCUUUCAUUUACUCGCCUUGUAGAACAUCAUAUUUUCUUUAUAUUUUAUACUAAAAGAAAGUGCGCUUUUUGAGUUUAAAAAGUUUCAAAUUAUGAAAUCUUUUAAGACCGUGCAACAUUCAUUCAUACAGCAUCGUACCUGUCUGUUCACCAAUGCUCCUCGUGAAAUUUACAACAUAAUCCGCAUCCAUUGCUAAUUUUAUGAACUCUAUAUGGUGUUUUCCUAAAUGAAUAGAGGAAUGUGUGAUUUUCAUUAUGCGGAAAUCAUGCAGUUUGUGGACCGAAAUUGCUAAACGCUGGUGCAACGUUUAAUCAGACUUAAAAUUAUUCGGGAAUUUGAGCACGAUUUCGAAACCCAAAUAUACACUUCCUACGGGUAUACAAUGUGAAGACAGUGUGAUUUGCUACCGAAUGGGUAAAACAGAAUAUACUUUUGCGCAUAUUUCCUACAAAAUAUAUUCGAAUUCAUAAGGCCAUCGAAAAUCAGUGCGAACAUGCAUACUAGUUAGGUAGUCAUUUUUUUACCGAACGCAGUUUUUACAGAAGGUCGAAAAGAAGAGCAUCCAAAAGCUUACGUACGGACGAGUCCAAAAUACUAUAGGAUUACGCUGCACGAUAAUUAAUAUUAUAACCCCAUUUAAGUUAUCUUCCUUCAUUGAAAACGCAUUUCAGAAUUCUGGCCAACAUUUCAUGGGAUUGAGCUCUCACUGUAGUAGCUUCGUGGCGCCAAAGAAACGACCAUUCUUACAGUGAGACGUGAUUAGCUGUAUUAAUUUUUAUUUGAUAUCCAUAGAGCACUUUUUGCGUACAAAUGUAGAAUUGUGAAAACAAACACAUUAAAGUCUACCUAGUGAAGGUUAGAUAGCAAUACUACAGAGCAAGGAGGGAUUCAGUAACAUGGAAGAAUUACGAAAAAUGACAGCGACUACAAAAUAUCAGUACUUGAUCAGUUGUCAUGUUGCAUACAACUCAUUUAUUGCCACAAAUGCAAGAAGCCUGUCAAUAAAGGAGUGAUCUAUGCAACUAUCAAAUGCAAGAUUCAGUUUCACCCCACUAAUAGGCGGGAAGAUUGUUUCGGGAGGAUUGAGGCGGGAGCUGUUGGAAUGAAAUUGGUUGGAAAGAUUCAGACGGACUAGCUGACACUUUUCCAACAAACUUACUGUAGAACCGAAAUCGUUAGUAGAAAUAUAUAUAGUCUGAGUGACAAAUACCUUGUUGUUGACAGUGUUCGGUGUUGGCCACUGGAGCGGUCGCUCGUUGAACGUAAUCAGCCAAAACAUCGGACGCCGACAGUUCCUGAAAGCUGUGAUGGGCGCAUUGUGCUCCCGUCGGAAGUUGCUCUCGCAUUUGGUCAGAUGACCCAUCUUCGUCCAAAAAAGAGAUCUCAUCACGUAAACAACUGCUCUUCCACGGCAAUUAUUGGCGACAUAAACACUCUUCAGCAAAUGAAUACAUUCUCCAGUUAGUGACAUAAUUAAAAUGGCAAUGAAAUGGUUUUAUGCAAAUGAAGACCGUAUUCCUUCAUCCUAUUCCUAAUUGUGCGUAGACUGAAGAAUAGUCUUCAUGAGUAGACCUAACGACAUAGAAUGAAAUUCCUCUGAUAUACAUACUGGUUUUUCUGAUCUCUUGUGGACAGUUCUGGCUUGUCAUAAGGGCUUCCAGAUACCGUUUUGUUGUCAGAACAUCACUCAUGACGAUUCUCGAACACACUGACCAAUUCCACGAUUAACGCAUCAGUAUUUUUUGAAGUGCAUUUUUUACUCUUAUUCUGCUUUCACUCAAAGACUGAGGUUUUUUGAAAAACCACUUGUUAGUAAAUGUGUCUACGGAAGACAUUUCUGGCGGAGAUUGACCAAGAGAUCACGCUAGUCAGGAAAUUGACCCAAUUUUGCAUACCCAUGAGUUUCAGAUUACGGUGGUUUUGCGUCCAGCGAUUAAAGGUGAUGUUUUUAAACAGCUCUCUUAAACUUCGGCGACUUCAGGCGCUGCCCGUUUACUGAUUCCAGACCAUUCAGGUCACGGGUUUUCGGAAACCGGUCCAGUCUACCUGAUUUUUUAUCCAUCCACUUAGUGUUCCUUUUUAUAAGGAACAGGUAAGUGUCAUCGUAUGGCUGUUGUUGACUUGACCACAUAUGCCAUUUAGGACAUCCGAAAUUAAAGGACUUAAUUAAAGGAGGGAAAGAAAUGAGAAAAAAGUAGAUUUGCUUGUGUGAAAUUAUAAUGUAAAAAACAUAAAAAAUCCAAAAUUCACACAGUUGUUAUCAAAAGAUCUCGUUAUAUAUACAAUGCGAAUCAAAAAGCCUUAAAAGUACCACAAAUAUUUACAAAUUCUGGAAACAUAAGAUGACCAUGUGCGUUCACUUGAAUGAAAAUGUUCAUAAAAAUUGAAUCACCAUGGUCACAGUGCGAGGUUAAAGCGAUUUCUCAGGCACGAGUCUCCCUGAUUUCGCAUAUAUUGAGACACAGUUACGUGGAUAUGGGUCAAAAAUGGAUUCCCAGCAUUCCUCAUGUGGUUUGUGAUGAAAGAUUUUUGCGCAUUUAAAUGACAACUUUGUAAGCUGCCCGAAAACUAGUGUUUCAACUUGUAACGCGUUCUUUAUGAUACGACAUUUCUGGAAUAGUUGAACUGGAUUUUCUCAACUUCACGAAAACCGCACAAUAUUCACGAGCUGCUGGCCGGUAGCCAGAAAUGUGUAAAUGCACACUGGAGUUGGAUUCACAGUGUUCCAGCAUAUGGGCCGAAGUAAAUGUUCGGGCGUCUCUUGAUGCAGCUGUGAAGCGCUGGCCUGGUCAAGGGAUACCACAACCUUCCCAUAUGCUUUUCGAUAUGUGAUUGCGGCCAUCCUUCUAUGGUUGGACUUUGCAUUUGAGUAAAGCUUUAAUUAUAGGACUUUUUGCGGUCGGAUCUUAUUUCGUAGCCGUGCCUGCAGUAGACAAGACCCAGUCUAGCCCCUAACCCUAACCCCUAACUUCUAACCCCCAAACCCAAACGCUAACCUCAACCACUAACCCCUACCCCCUAACCCCAACCCCCAUUCUUAACCCCUAAUCCUUAACCCAGACUCCUAACCCUGAUCCCUGUAGUUGACAGCCAUAGUGGAAACGUUGCGCCUCUCGCUAGCGCCUGCACCUACGCCCUAGCGACAGCCUGCUACGGCACACACGUCCACCCGGCUUCUAUUUGUCUCGUUGCAAUUCACUGUCUGCACCACGCAUCUGGUCGAUUCUCUGCCUGCAUCAUGCGAGGCUUGUCACUACCUUCGCGUGGGCUCGGAGCCAAUCAACGCACCACCUCUCGCUGAUUGGUACAUUGGCGAGAACAGCCAGAUCACUAGCGUAGACAAUCUGCCACGACACUUUUGCAGCGGCGACCUUCGGCGACACACGGCUCGUUGCUCUCGCGGGCGUCGCCUCCGCGGCACCCGACGCAUCCUCGUCCGGUUGCCACCUUCCCUUCACUAUUCUGUACAGAACAAAUAAAUCAUCUUCUACCCAACCGGCGUCCCGCUUCUUCCAACAUGGGAUAUGGCCUGAAGUUGUGGCGUACUGAGCAUACACCAUCACCGCCUAGCCGCUACACCCCUAACUUCAAUCCCUAGCACUUAACGCCCAAGCCCGACGCCAACCCCAACCCUAAUCCCUAACCCUAAAAGGUACGGCCAGGAGAUAAGAUCUUGCCCCUUGUACAUCCACACUGACAUAGCCGUUGUUUCAGUCGAGUUUUGUAACUUUUAGUGCGAUGGGCAUAUAUAUAAUAUGCACUAACUGUGAGGGCAAAUGCGCGUAUGACUAUGUUGGUGCACUGGAUAACGCAGCUGCAGCAAUUCCUAUACAUUACCAUAUAAUCCACGCUAGGUCUUUUUAUUUCCUCAGUACUUAACAUAAGAAAAUUGAAGUUAAAUCAACCGGAAUGUGUUUACCAGGUUCUCCCCAAGUAUUCUCAUAACUAUUUUGGCUGAAUAAAUUCACCCAGAAUUUAACCACCGCACAAUAUUCACACGGCGCAAAGGACAUCCAACAGUGUAUAAGCAUGCAUGAAGACGUGUCUGCCAAAUAAACUGGCCAGCCAGACGUACAUUUUAUCGAUUCUCUAACGGUGGAUAGCGCAGCUGCUUGCGUUUUGGCUUAAAAAGAAUUCUCUAAUGGUUCGAUGCGUUUUUCUCCAGCAUACUAACUAAAUAAAUUUGUAGUGCGUGGCUUUUUAAUUCCCCCCCAUUGGGACCAUUUUAGAUUCCAGAAAAGUCUUCGAAACAUGCCUGCUCAACUUUGCAUCAGAAUAUGUUUUGUGUAUUUGGACAGAGCUCCGUUAGUUUUGUCGGUAAAGCCGAGCAAUAUUUACAAGUUUAUAGUGCGUAGUUAGCGAAAGAUAAGUUAAUUGAAAAAGGUAAAGACGGCAAGCGAAAGUAUUUGAGUAAUAACAAUUUGACAUGGAAAAAGAGAAAAAAAGAUGAAAAUCAUUUGCUCCUGCGGGACAGGGAUAUUGGUCGAUUUACGUGAUGCUAAGUUGGCUUGAAUCGGACAUUCUUUUAGAUGAAGUAAACCCGGUUAGCACAGCAUGAACUUUCUGUUCGGUAAAAGGCAGGAUGGGAAAAUUUGCAGGGGUGUAUUCCGCCAGAAAAGAAACUUCGGCUGCUGUCUAGCCAAUAGAGCAGAUGGCCAGAGAAGGAAGAUAUUUUCGUGCAAAACGGCGCCGUUGAUGGCUUUCCCGUUAUUGUCAGUCCACAUUAUUUGAUCGUAAAUGCCAUUCAGUGUUCGCUAAGGAAUGUUUGAUUGCAGAUAUGACAGAAGAUCAACCGUGUUGUAGUUUUGCUCACGGUAAAAAUCCACAUCUUAUGAAGCAGCAGCAGAUACGCAUGGUGAUGACAUUCCCAGUUGAUUGAGAACUUUGUUCGCGAUUUCUACGUACAUAUCCUCAAUCAUUACUAAAGUCGCAUUAUAGAUUUCUGCUCUGAAAUCCACGUUUGAAUUUUCCUUGGAUAGUCAACGGAAGAUAUCUUUAGUCAUGGGCGAUUUAUAUUUCUCCUGUUAGUCUGUUGAAGAUGAAGGAGAGCAGACGGUCAGUAUGAUUGCAAACAGUGCGCGAAUUUGAUGGGGAUGGGAUGCUUUGCACGCGUCAUUAAUACCUACAUCCCAGUGUCAGUCGUUAUCCAGUAAAUUGAUAGCCAGACAUACACUAAGGAAAGUGGCUUUUUUAAUUUUUCCGGUGGCGCAGCACAUUCCUUUAGUUUCUCCGUUUAAUUCCACAGCCUUGCAAUAAGGAUACACUUCAGUCAUAGUGCCAAUGUGAACAUGCCGGCACAAGCAAUAAUCAUCCGAUGGGUUGCACUAGAAUGCAAGGUGAUUGUAGUCGCGUGAAUGCUGAGCAGAGUCGUGCCUGACACUGAUCUGCUGUUUCUCGCUGGCGUCUUUCGGCCACUCUCAACUUUUCAUGUUCAUUCUGUUGAGAACGAAGCAGAUAUGAAACUGCAGAACGAGGUCUCCGUGACCGGGCAUCCUCAAGCCGGGCCGCACGACACGGGGUGACAGCCGCAUUAUGUGGGUUGUGCAGGGCGGGGAAGGAGUUGGCUUUAACUGCAUCCGCCCACGCCCUGGAAUCUCAGCGGAAGCGGUGACAGCCCAGUUCUGUGUGUUGUGAGGCAAGUUCAGCUGGAGCCCAAGAGUUGCAUGCUUUUUCUUACCUGUGUGUGGUUUGUCCUAGCGGCCCAUAUUGCAUCGGAACAGAGGGGGGGGGGCAUGUUCAAGUAUCUGCUGGGUGGGUGGUGGAGUGAGCGCGGCCGUCUGCUGGAGCACAUGCAUUUGGGCGCACGUUUGUCCGAGUGCCUGCCGGUCAAGUGGCUACAGACUGAGAUGCGUCAGUAGUUGGCGUUGUUAUGCCAGAAAAAAAAUCAUGUUUUUUAUCCGUCACAGGCGUGCCAUCUGCAUGAUUAUGAAAGUAGACAUAAAAUAAACCCGGCCCUAUGCGCGGGCAAGGUUGUAUCCAAAUUUCAGUGCAAUCAGUGCAGUAAUUUCGGAGCUUACCUAUAACACACAGAAAAACACUUCCAUUUCUAUUUAUAUAGAUAUAAGAACAUCUUCCAUGAACAGGCGGCCAUCGAGUUCUGCAACUGCGAGCAUAUACCUAGCACUUAGCACCGUUGCCUCGAGGGUAUGGAAAAGAUGCUCUUUGAGACCCCUCCAACAUGCACUUACGCCUAGGUCAUGCAAACCCAGCAUUCGACAGGGCUGGCUAACGACACUUAAUAAGUCAGAAACCACCAUUCCAGCCUUCCUUGACUUUGUCGGCAUUCUCUUUCCGUAUAUUAUAUAUAUGUUUGCAUUUGCCUAUGUCUAGGGUAUAUGCGCGCAGUUACAGAACUCGCUGGCCGCCUGUUCCUGGGAGAUGUUCUUAUAUCUAUAUAAAUAGAAAUAGAAGUGUUUUUCUGUGUGUUAUAUAUAUUAUAUAUGUUCGAAGAAGAAUGAGUCCUUUGGGAAAAUGAACAAACUUUAUUUCGUAAAUUUUCGAGUCUGGUUCCCCAGCUCGUCUUCAGACGUGUAGUAAGUGUGAAGAAACAGUCAAAAUUUAAACAAUGCCCAAAAAAUCGAUAUUGCUCUGUCAUGGCUGAGGAUGGGUUAAUGCUGUGGGCUGAUGUCACGUCUUGAUUGGCUAUUGCCUUUUUCAUUUUUCUUUGAGAUUUGUGUACAUGGUAUCAAGGUCGAUGCGUCGAUUGAUGCAUGAAUCAUCAGAGUGAAUGGCCUCUAGGAAUUCUCGGCCUUCCUUAUAUAUGCAUCAAUCGACGCAUCGACCUUGCUACCAUGUACACAAAUCUCAAAGAAAAAUGAAAAAGGCAAUAGCCAAUCAAGACGUGACAUCAGCCCACAGCAUUAACCCAUCCUCAGCCAUGACAGAGCAAUAUCGAUUUUUUCGGCAUUGUUUAAAUUUUGACUGUUUCUUCACACUUACUACACGUCUGAAGACGAGCUGGGGAACCAGACUCGAAAAUUUCCGAAAUAAAGUUUGUUCAUUUUCCCAAAGGACUCAUUCUUCUUCGAACAUAUAUAUAUAUGUUUUAACGUACGUGUCAAGUAAGCGUGUGACCCUCACUGUUGCGGGUAGGAUCUCACUGGAUCCCAUUCUGUCCGUCCGCCAGCUUGCCACUGGCGACAUAGAACGCUGUAUCAUUGGACACAUGCCACAUAUAAUACAUAAGCGGCUUACCUAGGCGUACCACUACACCAUCUGGUCCACAGCAAAAUUUUGACCAGGAUUUUAACCAAUAAAAACAAUGUGAGGGGCCGGCAAGGAUCCCGGUGACGCGACUUGGGCCGGCAACUCGGCAUGACACCGAACCACGAAUGUUGGCAUUUGUUUUGGUGCGAUUUCCCAAUAACGCCUAUCAGCAUCUAAUCCAGCUUCAGUGUUGACUCAACGUAUCUACCGCGUGACGCGUUUUAUGGGCACAGGGGUCACGAUUCGCGGACGCUACAUUUAGUUGUAAGGCGGAACGGAACGAAAGUGCCCAGUAACCUAAUUGGUAAACAACAGCACCUCGAUAUUUUAUAUUUCUAACAGACAGGACAAUGGCCCCCGGGACUCGGUUGCAUAUCGUUGGACUUACAGACGUUGAGUGACCAUAGAAUCGGGGUGUAAACGCCAGGCCGUCCAAUCCUGGGGUUGCGUUUGGGUGACCGGCGACGGCCAGUAAGCCUGGAGUAACCACAUUAUUCAUCUUUUUUUUCUGAUGUUAUUUUUACGCACGAAUAUGACAGCCAGUGACUCCCUGCAGUGUAGUCUCAUUUUCAUGCGUUGAUUCCGUAAAUAUGAUAAGGCUUAUUGGUGUUUUAUUAAUCAAAGAACACUCAGAGGAAGCGCAUGUCCUCGGAUCGCUGGUGCCGAACAAACGUUUUACGGCAAAAAUGCCGUUUUUCUCAACAGUAGUUGACGUGAUCCUGAAGCUUAUGCGGACAGGUCUCUGAAAAUUAUGUAACGCGUCUCGAGAACCUCAAGAUUUCAAAUUUAUCCAAAGAAUCAUAGUUCGAAGUAUAAAACUAUGAAUCCUACAGGGCGCCAGAUAAAGAUUAUAGGCGUGUGAACAGUGAUAACAGAACAAAUCGAAGGUCUGUAUUUGCAGAACGAGAUCAGUGUCUAAUACUACAACCCGUGCAUGCUCCGCGACGAGUACCUCAGCCAGCAAUACUUACGCCGAACGGAAUUAUACCGAAUCCGCAGCGAGUUCGGAAACGGCCAUCUAUCUGAGUUUGUAAUUAUCUAAAUUAGUCUAUCUUAGCCCUCGCGCUUCUGGUAAGGACACCUAACAAUAUUCCAAGGCCUACCCAAGACCAGUCACAUGCAACCUCUAAAGAAUUCAUUAUUCGACUAAAGAUUUACUACGAGACGUACAAUGGGUAUGUUGAGGGAGGUACAUUUGUCAGUUAUUCUCUAUUGCACGCGUCCAGUGUUUUUUCGCUGGUUCUGAAGACAGCAAUACCUACGAGCGUAGCCUACAUGAAACAGAUAAAUUUUAGCAUCAAAGGCGUCUUGGAUGCACCAAUAAUCCCGAAGGCCUACAUACCUGUUCGCUUCUGGAUUGUGUAGAAAGACUGAAAACGUCGUAGAAAGUCCCUAAACACACCGACGAAAAUUCCUUAUUUUUGGCUUUGUUGCGGGGCAUAAUUCUUAAUGCGGGGCAACUGUCAGUCAAGGACAAAUGCAAGACAAACAUUUUGGAUCCAGUUUCUACAGGCCAGAAGCUUUUCUGUUCAAAUGACAAGUAGGCUGAAAUCUGUUAGAUCAGGGCUGACCUGCUGUUUGGCCUACCGAUAUUCGCGUCGUAAAUUGCUGCAAUUUCAUUACGUGCGUUGGAUGUUGGUGUGAUGAUUGCUCGACCACCUGAUGCAUCGACCCUGGAGUUGGGAAAAGAGUUUAUCCGUGCGUUCCCCGCGUGGAUAAUUACUCCGCCUAGGCGAAGUCUCAGCACCGAGUAUGGAAGGGAAGGUCAUUGCACUUGUUAAUGGAUAGGAGGCCAGUAAACCAUAACUCCUGUUGCUCCCAGAUCGCGCGGUUGUCACCCCUUACGAGAAUUUCGACCUCGUUGAAUUUGAAUGUGUGGCCGGAUCUCAUUGAGUGAGACGCAACUUGAGAGCUGUCAUCAUUUCUCCAUACCGCUGCAGCGUGUUGGGCCAUUUGCGUUCGAAGCUGUCUUCCGGUUUCUCCGACGUAGUUGCUUUGUCCGCAACUGCACCACAUCCGAUAAACGACUCCAGACGUUUCUAGCUGUGGCAGCGGGUCUUUUGGUCUUGUGCAUGAACCACCCCUAUCUGCCUUUGUCUCUGAUGAUGAGUACGAGCAGGAAUCCGAAACGUCAGACGAAUAAAUCCCUUGUUCCGCCGAUCGUGCCUCCUUCUUCAAGACUACUUCCUGGCAAAGUGACCUGUGUUUAUUGACAUCCUUGAAACUCGACGCGUGGUUAUGUCAAGGUUGUGCGGUUGUGCGAAACGUAACCUCCAGUAAGUGGGAAAGGACAAGUAGCCAUAUAAAGUAAAAGGGUCUAUUUGAUCCAGCCAGUGUACACGACGUAUGCACCUUUAAAGCUUAUCCUGAUUGAAUGAACCAACACUCUAAUGUGUGAAAGAUGAUUCAAAGAACAGCAGGAAGAAUUCGCCAGAAAAAAACAAACAUGGUCAAAUAUUUCAUUUUUGUUGGUGUGCUUUUAGUAUCCCAGAAUCGCCUGAAAAAUUUUCAUCAGUUUGGAGAGUUGCAUAGAGCUACAUCAGCUGUGUUUUUGAUCUCAUUUAUAUCUGGUACCCCUGAGUUACUUUGCCUCCGCGUAUUGGUGUUGAUUUGGUCACCUGUCAAUUAAAACUGUGUUCGGUAGACCGAAGUAGGAGUUUGUUUGAACCAAGUUAGACUUCCUUUUUUAUCGAUUUCCCGAAGACAGUUAUUUCGAGUACGGAACGAGCUCGUUCCGUAACCUGAUCGGCGAGCGCCCAUCUAUAAUAAUUGAUAUUCCCGAUCACAACCUACGGGACAACGGGCCCGUGUCUCAAUGGUAGAGCGUCAAACUCCAUGACCAAAGAUCCCGGGUUCGAAUCUCAAGUGAUCGACACUUGGAGCUGGGCAUGACUGGCUGGUGACGGCUAAUAAGCCAGAAAUGGCCAUUUCGGUCUCCCUUGUAUUUUCCGGUUUCAUCUCAUACUUUGUCGAGCCCUAUUCUUGUAAAGAAAGAAUGCCUUUUAUAGUAGUCUGGCUCAGUUACAGUUUGUUGAAGAUGCGAAUCAGAAUCGGGCUUUUACGGUGAGAAUUUAUGUUCGAUUAAAUUACGUCGGUGACUACGGCAUAAUCCAAACAGCAUGAGGUGCCUGUGCGGCUGAAGAUUCCGAUGAUAUAGCCCCUGUCUUCUCGAAUUUUCACAUCAUAUGUUUGGAUACGCUCUUGAAUUCAGCCCCCUCCGAGGGUCUCUCCAGGAUUCGCAACUGUGAUGCCAUCGGUAUGUCUGAAGAUCUAAAGAGUUUGCAGGAUAGAAUGACUUUAAAUCCUGUCUGUAGUUUUGAAAAUUGACAAAACUUAUUUGGACACUAAAAGUUACGUAGGUCGAUUCGGAAUCUAAUGAACACGUUAUAGCCCUUAACCAGCACUUGUUUAACCCGUUCGCGAUUCUCUGUCUAGAAAACUUUAAUCUGUCCUACAAAUACAUUAAUGUGCCUGUACUCUACCGAACUUAUAGUCAACUACCUCCUUUCGAUCACUCCGUAAUUUUGCUAAACUAUUAGACAGUAUAGACUAGAACUUUCUACACAACGGGCUGAGAUUUAAAUUAUUGAUGAAAACGGUAGCUGCCCUUAUGGCACAGGGUUUCGGCUCACCUAAUCAGCGUGGUACGUGCGACUGAAAGGACUUUGGAACUCGCAGCGAGCGCGCAGCCAAUCCUUACGCUUUCCUCACGCGUCCACACCAUGAGAUGGAGGGUAUGAUAGCAGGAGCUGAUUGCGCUGCCAUUUUUAAUUUCUUCAUCCAUUUGCGUACUUACGUCCAUGCUGUCCAUGGAUCUGAUCGUCUGUUUUUGAAAUGUGCCGUUUUUUGACUUUCAUGCUUGGCAAAAGGUCGUGCAAAAACUCGCAGGAUGAAGAGAACUACUUAAAGUGCAGCGUAGUCCGUUGCUGGUCGCCGAAUAGUUGCAGAUCACGUUCUUUUUCUACAACAUAAUCUUGUUUUCUUCCAGGUGCAUCGCAUACCAGUUUCUGGGUGAUGCAAAUAAGUAUUCGAUAUGUUUUAUAUUCCGCCUGCUUAAAUAAUUAAAGGCAGUAGCAGUACUUUUCAACUGCGCGUAUUCACCUAAAAAAAACAUCCUGAUUCAAGCGUCUGCAUGUGGCUCCCUGAUGCAGACUGUCGAAGGGGGAAGAAACGCGCAUGUGUCUAUGAGUUUUUAAAACCUUUAUUGCAGUUCAGUUUGGUGAGGCAUAAAAGACUCAAACCAAUGACGAUCGUAACAGUAAUUGCAACAACUACUUCGACUAGACGUCUCGUAAACAUUUACAAAUGCAUCUGUUGCCGAAACGGUCGGUUAAAUCCGUGAUUUCCUAGCGACCAAUCUGUAGGAAAUAUAAAUAUCGAAAAGCACACUCAAGGAACUGCUACCAAGAUGCGCAUUAGACGUGCAUCUCCGUUGGAACAACGAACUGCAUGCAUAAAGAGACUGUGUUGGUGUUGCCUAGCCUCUUGGUUGUCACAUAAACGACGUAUUCAUAGGUACGCUCAAUAACUGUCAACUGAACGACGAAAAUAAUGGGCUGUAACAUUAGGGUCUCUACUUGGGUGAUAUCUUUGUGACUACAAAUACACAAAACCAAUGCGAAUUUUCUAUUGCAGGCUGGAAAAAUAGGCCGAUCAGUCGAUAGAUCUUAUGUUAGACGCGGAAACCGCAGGUCCGCUCAAUUUAUUCGACGUUCUAUACAGAAAUUUGGAUUGAACAGUAUAGGCAUGCCUAAUCAUAAAUGCACUUCUGGCGCAAAGGAUUAUCAACAUUUGGUUGACAGAUGGCAUCGAUGAAGACCUUGAGGAGGUGUAGAACCCGUUUUUCGACGACCGGUAACCCGACCGAUUUGCUGUAAAAGUGCUACCAGUGAUUGUGAAAACGGAAACCCAAAUUCUCAAAGUUCUCCUUCAAGGAGACGUGGCUGUUUCAGGGCAGUGUCAGGCAUUCAGCUUUAUUCUGAACCUUCUUAAGUGGUCAGCUUAAGACCCGCAGCAAUGUUAUUUACUAAAAUAAGUAAAUGUGUGGCUAUGGUUUACGUCCGGGGUCACUUAUUUCGGGUAGAAACUGUACUAAAAGUAAAUGACUGGCGAUAUUUAUUUGUAGGUUUCAGAGAAAGGAAUGAAAAGACCUCUCGGUGGCUGCUGCGUUAGGUUAAUCAAGAGUGAAAAUACGACAAUGCGAUGCCUAUUUGGCAGUGCCUUCAAAUCAGCAUUAAAUUUAUUUAUUAUUGGCACUAAAUGAUAAAAAUGGUGUCCUCUUUUGACUGGUGACAGUAUGGAGGAUCAAAAUUUACAAUACCACAAAGUUUCUGGAUGUUCGGCUCUUUUCCUCAACACAAUUGCUCCCCGGAGUAAGUGACCCCGGGCGUAAACCAUACCCCUGCCCAAGUAAACAUUGUGUAGUUAAGCUUAAAAUCUUACUCACCUUCCACUCAGGCAAACACAAGCAAAAUGAGUAAGUUCGCCUAUCAAUUGUAUCUGGAGAAGUAGGCAAACCUGGUGUUUUUUUCUAUUAAAAUAAAUUUAAAGGACAUUUUUCAGUUUCUCCAUCCUGUAACAAACAUUAUUCUAGAAUGACUUUGUAGAAGAAUCAUUUAUUUAGUCAGAAAUGAGGGUUAGGACAUAGCAGUUCUGCUGACAAGAAAGGCUGCUCACUCAGCCUGCCAUCUCGAAUCACAGUGCGCUCAAAGUCGUGUGCCCCCAAUUAAUAACGUCCCCAAUAGGCCCUGCAGUAAAAGGCGGCAUCAUUACUUCCAGAAAAGAUACAUCCCUGCACCUAACCUGACGUUCAUCCGAAAACGAAAACCCCCCUUCCAGCUUCCCCCAGCUAUUCGUUUCAGUAAUUAAACACCUACUCACUAACGCCAAUCGGCACUUUGUCAUUCUGUCAGGAGAAAUUGAAAAGGAGGGGGCUUGUGGACGCGGGCAAUUUUCUGCUCUAAUUUAGGCCUAUAACCCAAACACCUUAGCUACUGUAUCUAAAAAAGUGCAUGCCGCGUUUGAGUACAGACUCAUCAGACUGUCGUGCGAUGCACACAUGAUGAUAAUCUGCUGUUGCAGCUAACUUCCAUUCGAGUGAGGCAUGAUUCAUGGCAAACAGGGCAUGAAAAUGGUGGUAUUCGUAAAGGCGCUUCACGUGCUCAUCAGUGAAGAUAUACUCGACAGCUUUUUCUGUCGACCACAAGAGAACAGCGAGUGGAAGUUCCUGCCAGCCUGUUAAACUGAAAUUUCAGUGACGCGGUGAGGAAACACUCCAAAGUACAGUGGGUGGGCUGACUCAUGAAAUGUCAACCAAAAUUCCGAAUUGCGUUUCCGUUCCGAACAGAUUAAUUAAAUAAGGUUGUAAAACUAGCCGGCCUACAACAUAAUUCUAUAAUAUUACAUUUACCUCAGAAUGCCGGCUUUCGAAUGAACUUCCAUCCGGCUGCAUGCAAAAAUUGCACUCAGUAAAAAAACGACGACUUAAGUAGCAUGGAUCUUUCUCAUUGAAUUUCAAUGCCCUUAACAAUUCUAUUAUACAUCAUGGAGAACAUGCACAGAAAUAUUCAUCCUACCGCUCAUUCGGUAGACAAUUACGUCUCCUUCCAAUAUUAUAAACAAAGGUAGGGUAUAAUUCGGUGUACAAAAACACUUCCAAUUCCCGAAUAAUUUUGAACACGCUCUACCGUUACACUUGGAUUCAGAGUUUUCAAACCACAAGCCGUAUAUUUUCCGCAUACGGAAAACCACACAUUUCUCUACGAUUAUAAAGGGGGACCACAUGGGGUUCAUACAAUUUAGCAGUGGAUUUGAUCCGUAUUGCUAACUUUACAAGCCACAUUGGUAAAUGCAGAGACAUGACUAAUUAUGAACGGUCGUCUAACGGUAUUUAAAAGUUCCACAAUUAGAAACAUUUUUAAAAACAAAUUAUGUCCUUCCUUCGAAUAUAAAAUUGGGAGAAGACGUAAUUUUCUACCGAAUUAGCAGGGAAAUGAAUAUUUUUACUCAUGUUUUCAAUGAAAUAUAAUUGGACUUUAAGGGGGAUCGAAAAUCAAUAAGAAAAAAGCAUGCCACUCAAGUAGUCGUUUUUUCCAAAGUGUAGUUGUUGCAUGCAACCGGAAAGGGUGGCUCCGGGAUCUGCCCUGUUUUCAAAGCUGAAUACGUCCGUUACGUUUUGUUUUUUAUCAAAUGCCUAAGGCUUUCACGGGCGCCCUCUUGACCGUGUCCAAUCAGCAACUGAGGACGGUUACCGAGACUAACCGGGGCGCCUGUGCCCGUAGUAUAAACGGCAGGAGUCAGGGAAUUUCGCUCUCAUGCAAAGCAAACAAUUUUUCGAGAUAGUAAUUUUAUUUGGCUUCCCACUUUGCAAUCGCAGACAUACUACAGAUGAUUAUAUGCCUACGGACAUUUUUAUCUUAUAGAAACUGAGGUUCUUUUUGUCGUUUUAAACUUUCAGCAAUCUUCUGACAACUGUGACAGCAGUACUUUUUGUCCUUUCAUAAUUUACAGAAGCAGUUUGAGUGCUUUUCUCAACAUCCUCAAUAUCUGUCUCGACAGCUCAGUGGCGUGCAAAGUGUUUGUGAAUUAUAGAUAGGAACGCAGUUUGGAGGAGGUAUCAGUCCUCAGCAACGUUAUGUGAGUUUGGCUGAAAUAUAACCGACCCCCUCUUCAUCUUCUCCAUAGAAUCAACCCCCAGACCUUACAGUAGGCUAUGAAAGCGCCAACCCUAAAAUCAUUCAAAAUACCUUGUUUAAUGGUUUUCAUAAGGCUUAUGAGAUCGGUACCAGCGAUACUGUCAUCCCAUAGUAACGCGUGCAUUUUCCGCUAAGCUGUGGAUCAUUUCAGCAUUGGACCUGGUCUGAUGAUCUCAUAAGGCGUUCCGUUUUCCAUAAGAAUACUUGAAAGGGGCAUUACAUGCAUUUUUUGAGCUGUGUACUCGUACAAUGGAAACGUAGUUUGGUAUUCACUUUUUUCCAAAGGGCUAGGAACAUUUGCUCCAAUGACACACUGAAUGCAGAACUUGUAUGCCUCAAAGAAGCUCUGCUUAAGCGAGGAUAUCCUGCACGUUUCAUUCACAAGUACAAAACUCUACACGGCCAAAACUGACAGAGCACUCAGUUCCGAAAAAGCCCGUUUUUAUAUAUUUGUCCUCUAAGGACGACAAUAUUUUAAAUACUAUCAAACGACGGCUGCGUCCGACCAUUGAAAGGAGAUACAAAUCAGCCGAACUCACAUUAUGCAGUCCUACUAAGCCUCUUCCAUUUCCACGGGCGAAGCAUGCCUUGCUAAUGCACUCCACUUCAAAUUGUAGUUAUGAAUUCACAUGUACUGGUGGAUGCAAGUACAAUUGACAGUUGACAGCCUGGUCUAUUGAGCACCUGCCCAGAUGGCUCUUAAGGCAAGAAAAUAAAAUCCUGCGUUGCUCCAUUACAAAACACCUGCUUCAUAGUGGUCACUCAGUCGACCCUAAAACUUCCUUUCGAGUACAUGUUCGGGCGCGACCAACUCGGACAUUGCGUUACCUGGAGGCGGCCUAUAAUCGGCGGGUGAAACCAGAUCUUUGUAAACAGUUGGAACACGUGGUUAGCCUAACCCUGUCAUGGUAGCCUCUGGCUCCAUGAUUUUCACUUCCCCUUUCUUUUUUCUCGCCAACGCCUUUUUUCCGCUAUUCUUCCCAUACGGUGUUUGAGUUACUAACUUUAUAGACUAGCCAGCUAUACCUAUGCAACGACCUUGUUGUUUCUGCAUUGAUUUUUUGCACGAAUUCAAAUCUGUUGUAUUCUCCCCACUCGUUAGUUAUGUGAGGAAGCGACAGGACACACCUGCCGAACUGUCGCGAAAUCUUUGGUACUCCUAAAUCCUGCCCUGCUUGCCUGCUUCAGCUUAUCAAUAGACGUCAAUACCUAUUUUGUUGGCAUAUAAAACUAUUGCGUUUUCUUGUUAUGCGGCAUUGUAGCGUACGCUGCCACCAAGCGAAUAAGUAAGAUGAGCAUACUUCUGAGUACAUCUUUUGCCAGAUAGACAAACUUACAUCGAAUGAACGAUUAUAUUUCGCAGAAAUAAAUACAGUAAGCAUGCUGUCGAUGGUAACUUAUCCGAGAAGGAUAGUCAAAUGCAGGUCUCUGUCCAACGAAAUUAAUUUGCAACCACGUAAGCAUGGAGUUCUUGAUGUCAAGUUAUAUUUCAGAUUUGUCACUGAUGGGACACUGUCUGCGAAAUUUCAGCCUUUUCGAGCGCAUACGGACCCUUAACGUAUUUUCAAUCGCUGCAUAAUGACGCAUUGCUGAUGGUUAGACAAACAAAAACAGCGCCAGGUGGGAUUUGUCAUCUGGUACGGCCACGAAAUCAUCAUAUGAACUGAGUCUGCUAAUGGAGCCGAAACCGGAUAGGUUUUAGAGCGCUCUGCGCCCAGGCCAACGGGCACACCUCCACGCAUUAAGCAAAGUUUUUUGCGCACCUGAAGCAACAUCACUAAUCUUGGUACGGCCCAAUUGCAUCGUCAAAAGGUCGUUCACACGGGGCGCACACUCACCUAAGCUGCCAGAUUUGCAGAGAAAGCAUUUAGAGCAGAAUGACAAAAAGUAGCCAGGACAGAACACUGAAGCAAUUAUGUAGAUUUUUCUUGAGUUUGGGUCGGCAAAUACUGGAAACAUUUUGCGAGGGCAGCUAUUAAUGACGUAGCUGAUUGUUGGGGCUUCCUGUUCCGUUUCUGUGUUGACUCUGCUAACGUCAGAGCCACCACAGAGGCAGUGUUUUGUGAAUAAUUUUCCAGCAAUUGCGUUUGACGCACAUGGAUCAAUGACCUUGUCAGUCUGAAAAAAUGGUUCAGGCGCGGUCGGGGCCUGUCCUGUUAGACACAUCAUUGCCGAGUUUGAGUGGUCGUUAUGAUGGUUGUGGCAUUUUUUGAAAACUGUUCGUCCCGUCGAAAUGCCAGCUGAUCACACUCGUUGUCGAGGCAAGUACUUGUAAGGUAAUUAGAGUAGGUGGGCUAACUCAUGAAAUGUCAACCGAAAUUCCGAAAUACGUAUUCGUUUCGAAAAGAUUAAUAAAGAAGGGUUGUAAAACUAAAUCACCUUGCAGCAUAAUCCUAUCCCAAUUCAGUUAACUCAGGAUGCCUGCUUUAAACAAACUUCUUUUUGGCUGCACGCAGCUACUGCACACUGUAAAAAAUGACUACUUAAGUGGCAUGCAUUUUUCCCAUUGAUUUUUGAUGUCCUUAAAAAGUUAAUUAUAUUUCAAGGAAAACAUGCAUAAAAAUAUUCUUUCUUCCACUCAAUCGGUAGCAAAUUACGUCAUUAUUCAAUUUUAUACCCGAAGAAAGGGUGUAACCCUGUGCACAAUCUUUUUCAAUUCACGAAUGAUUUUGAACUCCACCUGCCGUUACACUUGAAUUCGGGGUUUUCAAACUACAAGCCGUAUAUUUUCCGCGGACGGAAAAUCGUAAUUUUCUCAAUGGCAUUCGAAAAAGAUCAUAUGGGGUUCACAAAAUUUAACAUUGGAUUUGAGCUUUAUUGUUGACUUUGCAAGCAACAUUAGUAAAUGCAGAGACAUGACGUUUUAUGAACGGCGAUUCCACGGUAUUAAAAAAUCUCGCAAUUAAAACCAAAUUAUACCUUUCCUUCAGGUAUAAAAUUGAAAGACGUAAUUAUCUACUGAAUGGGCAAAAGAAUGCAUAUUUUUAUACAUGUUUUCCAUGAACUAUAAUUGGACUUUUAGGGGGAUCGAAAAUCAAUGAGAAAAAUUCAUGCUACUUAAGUAGUCCUUUUUACAGUGUGUAGUUUUUGCACACAGCCAGCAGCAAGUUCAUUCGAAAGCCGGCAUCCUGAGGCAACUGAAACAUUAUAAAAUUAUGUUGCAGGCCGGCCAGUUUAACAACCCUACUUAACUAAUCUUUGCGAAAAGGAAACGCAUUUCUGAAUUUCGGUUGACAUUUCAUGAGUUAGCCCAGUAGAGUUAGGCAGUAGAUGUGCUAACUCAUGAAAUGUCAACCAAAAUUUCGAAAUGUGUUCUCGUUUCGAAAAGAUAAAUUAAGUAGUGUUGUAAAACUACUCAUGAUGCAGCAUAAAUCUAUAAUGAUGCACUUACCUCAGGGUGUCGGCUUUAGAAAGAACUUAUUUUCGGCUGCAUGAAAGAUCUAUACUCUGCAAAAAGGACUACUUAAGUAGUAUGCAAUUUUCUCAUUGAUUUUCGAUGUCCUUGAAAAUGCAAUUAUAUUUCAUAGAAGACAUGCAUAAAAAUAUUCAAUCUUUUACUUAUUCGGUAGAAAAUCACGUCUUCUUUCAAUUUCAUACUCAAAAAAAUAGUAUAAUUCGGUUUUAAAAACUUUUCUAAUUCCGGAAUAAUUUUGAACCCGACCUGCUAUUACACUUGCAUUUAGGGUUUCAAAACUACAAGCUCUAUAUUUUCCGUGUACGGAAAACCAUGCAUUUCUCUACGGUUUUAAGAGGAGACCAUAUGGGGUUCAUAAAAUUAAGCAGUGGAUUUGAGCAACAUUGCUAACUUUACAAGCCACGUUCGUAAAUGCAGAUACAUGACUUUCAUGAACGGCCAUUUAACGGUAUUAAAAAAUUUCACAAUUAGUAACUUUUUAAAAAUCGAAUUAUACUCUUCUUUUGAGUAUGAAGUUGGAAGAAAACGUGAUUUUCUACCGAAUAAGUAAAAAAAUGAACAUUUUUAUGCAUGUUUUCCAUGAAAUAUAAUUGCAUUUUCAAGGGCAUCGAAAAUCAGUGAGAAAAUUGCAUGCUACAUAAGUAGUCAUUUUUUGCAGAAUAUAGAUCCUGCAUGCGGCCGAAAAUGAGUUUUUUCUAAAGCCGACACCCUGAGGUAACUGGAUCAUUAUAGAUUUAUCCUGCAUCUUGAUUAGUUUUACAACACUACUUAAUUUAUUUUUUCGAGACGAGAACGCAUUUCGAAAUUUUGGUUGACAUUUCAUGAGUUAGCACAGCUACUGUAGUUUAAAUGAGGAUUCCUGACUCUUCGAAUUCGAGCGGGGACGUUUUAUUUUCCAUGGGUAACACAGCAUGGGGUAAUAUGCCAGCGGCCACGCGACGGAAUUCUACAUGAUCAGCACUUAAGGAACCCUACAUACAGGCACGGAUCUAUUUUGCUUAGAAGAAAAUCCCACCAAUGUAGACGGUCGUACUUGAAGGUUGAUGGUACAAUAGCACUUCUUCUCGAAAGCCAACUGACCUAUGGGAUAACCAUUUUGGUAAAGUUGGCCCGGAUGUAAUUUAUCUUACGGCUUUUACUUAGGGCCUCGGAACGCAGACGAUAAAGCGUUGGCGGUACUCAAGCCACGCUCUUGCUCUCUAGUUUCGAAACCCGUCGAGGUCGCUUAGUUUUUUAUAAUUUUCCUAAAUGGAUGCAUGUUAACAAACCUUAUAAUUCAGUGCGUAUUUCAAGUAUUUACGGGCCAUACGUUACUGGACAUUUACUGACUAUCCUUAAGAUAAGAAAGUGUCUCAGUGAAUGUGACGAGAGGCAAAACAGCCUAAAUCCUGGGGAGAUAUUUUGCACAUCGAAGGAACUACAUAGGUCAGGUCACAACACCUACAGUCACGUAGUCGAGACUGGUCCGCAGGUAACGUGCCGGAACCCCUUGUUAUGCGGCGGUCAUCGUUAGUAACCUCCCAUACCCUUCGCUCCGACUUGAGACAGACAGCGAUGACUCAGGCAACUAAUGACCCGAUCAGGUUGCAGAGCAGGCUGUUCCUGCUGAGCUUUGAUACUCUUUCUGCUUGAUGCUCUUUUUUGGUGCUCUUUCCACCGCCUGAUCGGUGGGCGACCACUUUAUUCUAGCUAAUUUUUCCGAUCCGGACGGAUAAGACAGCGACUCCGUGGCCCAAUGGUAAAGCAGUUGAUGUAACGCUCGCUCACCAACGAGUCGAGUUAAAAUUCCGAGCUAUCCAAACCUGGGGUUGGGCUGACAUGGUUUGGCUAGCCAGAAAUGGCUAUCCUAGUGUACUUUGCCCUUGUCGGUUCUUCCGCUCCGGACAUUAGAUAGAUGCAAAUGUUCUCUCCUCCCAGUUCGACAGCCACAAAUUCCUGCAAUAAUGGAAAGGAGAUAGAUGAAGGGCUAUCGAGCAAGGGGAGACGGUUUGGAAUGACGACUUUGUUUUAAGUAUCCAUUUUUGAAGGUUAUAUGUGAGUAUUCUUUAUUGGCUGCUAGUGCAAUAACAGAGAUCGGCGGAGAAUGAUCCUAACUGUGGUCACCCAUCAGUUACCGCACGCUUCCGUAAGUCUGUUCUCCCCGUCAAACAUGCCUUACGAGAGGUGCCGAUAAGGAUGCCUGAUUGGUAGCGAGAGUUGACACACAUGGAGAUGAACGUCGUUCAUGGCCGCCUGGUGAAAUUUUUCACCUAUCAGGUUGUCCUCAGGAUCGUGUAAUUUUGCGUGACUGAAUUUACCAGUUGAUCGACUAGGGUGUUCGUCAGUCAUGACUACUGCAUUCGCCACACUGUUUUUAUCGUUCCGUUCCGUUACCAGAAGAAGCGACAGUUAUGGGGAGUACUAGCCAGUCAUCAGUCACUGACGCAGGACUGGAGAUUGCUGCGCAGGGCUAUGUAUGCCGACGUUAGAUCGAUGCGUCGGCUGAUUCAGUUCUCAUCUGAUGCUCAGACUUUGAUCGAUUUUCAGUUAAAAUUUUCUCCAGUUCAUUCACAAGGUUAAAAGAGUCCCUCUCAUUUAUUCCUUGUCACCCCGAAAAAGAAAGUCGGCAGGAGGGCUCAUGGAAUUUAAAUAAUUUCCAACUAUACUGGUGUGAGCAUGGAUAAUGGCAAGUAAAACUAGAUUUCAAGUAGGCAUGGGUAGGGAUGGCAAUAAUUACGGCAUUUUUCUGAAACCGAAGUAUUUGUUUAAUGCGCUUUUAGCAUCACAGUUUUACAGCUCGUCCAAAUAACAGUAGACGUUUUCAGUACUAGCCGUAUCUUUAGAAAUUAUGUCAUAUGUCCUAUUAAUAUAAGAGUGACGAGUGAAAAUGUCUAUUACUUAUUAGGCGAUAUUAGUCAGUCGUGUCUCACAAGACGGAUCCGGAUUAACUGCUAAAAUAAUAGCUCGGUAAGAUGAUAGUUGGUAGCCGUGCCCACAGACUCCACAAUGGUGCCUACUGGCUCGAUUUCAGUAGCUGUGAUUGCGUUCUCAUUAUGCUCCUAAAUUCACGCGCGCGCUGUAUUACCUGUAUUAGAUUCAUUUUAGAGGUGCUAUCCUGGGCAGAUUUGCACAGGUAACGAUGACAAUGAGGCUUACCCUAUAUCAACUUUCAUUAGAAGAGGUAGUCGGCAGGCGUGCCCAAAGAAUCCACAAUUGUACCUACUGGAUUAAUUUCAGUAGGUAUGAUUACGUUCUCAUUAUGCUUCUAAAUUUACGCGCUCGCUGUAUUACCUGUACCAGAUUCAUUGUGGAGGUACUAUCCUGGGCAGAUUGGCACCGGUAACGAUGACAAUGAGGCUCUCCCUACAUCAACUUUCAUAAGAAGAGGAAGCUUUUGCCUGCCUCAUUCAUUGUAGAGGUACUAUCUUGGGCGGAUUGGCACCGGUAACGAUGACAAUGAGGCUUACCCAUUAUCAACUUUCAUAAGCAGAGGUAGCUUUCGACUGCCUCAUUAUUUGCGGAUUUUCUCUUCCGCCAAACCAAUUUUUCGCAUAAAAGUCUUACCCGGCUUGCGUUGUGGCGUCCCGCUUGCCGCUGCUUGACUCUCGUGUUCUUCUGUCCAUUAUGUUGGAUGGAGUUCUAUCGCACACACUGCGGAAUGACCUUCGGACCAGUUGCCUUCUUCCCCAUUGGUUGUUCGCCUUCACUUGCUUUUCUUUCCAAUCUGAGGCUAGGAUGCAUUUAUUCCGCACACCGUUCAGAGUCUCCUUGCUCAUUCCCAUACCUUCCUUGUAUUUUUCACCUAAUCUAAAUUAGGCUUCCACUUUACCUCUCGCGUCAAUUCCUAGCAUAUACUACAAUCGCCAUUUACCCGUCCACUCAGUUGUCCCACCCGUAUAGCCCCUAUUACCACCGGUCCCGAUUGACAGGCAGCUGGGAGUUUGCGGUGUCAGGAGGGCUACCAAGUAUCAUCUAACCAAUAACUCUCUGUAGAAAGGGAGGAAACAUGACUGAAAUAUAACCAUUCCACCCCAUCCCUGAAAUCCGCGCUCACGUUAGUGUUAUGGCUAGGACACGUGAAUAUUAAGGUUCCCUGGAAAUUUUACGUAAGGCCGCUUACAUUACUGGUAGGGCAUUCCUAUGUCCGCGUCCAGCCCAACGUUCAGUCAUAAUGACGCACGUUUAAAUGGACAAUGCCAAAUCCUUAAGCUAUUCAGGGUCUAGCUGGAACUAAGCACUUUUAAAAUGUGUGAGUUAAUAUGGGAUGACAGUUUCCGGGGUUGGUUCCGCUGAUGAACUUCUCGUAGAAAUUACGCAAUGCGUUGAAUACCAACCUUGGAAUGCUGGAUUUCGGUUGCCGCAUUCACGGAGUACGGUUUGAAGGGAUGUUUAGUUCUGCAGCACCAGCUGGAAAAAUGAGGCCAAAACACCCGUAGUACGAGGAAUGGUGGUAAGGGGUUUCACGGCUGGGGCCGUUGGUGAGGUCUGCCGUGUUAAAAAGCACGGGAAGAAGUAGGCGACGCGUGGGUAAAUCAACAUGGUGAGAAGGUGAAUAAGACGAUCGAAAGUGAAAAAAGGGAAAGAAUUUGCCAACAUUUCGCGGAAAUCGCCGUGCUUGGCCAGGGCAGGAGGAAAAUGCAUCCUAGUAGUAAGUACCCAAUCAGAAAUGGGAUUUCAGCGCCGAGGUCAGUCCGCAAACUGUGUGGAAGAGACGGAGCACAGCGUAGGUAAAGACGCAGCAGAAAAUGACGAAAUGGCCACGUGACAAUAGGAUGUGGAGCGCGUAAUUCUGCGUUCUUGUUGUAACAAAUGACCAUUUCGAGGUAGCAGCAGUCUUUGAAACGGCUAAGACAAUUGGGGCAGGGUGGUAAAUAGUAACGCAAGGGUGAAGUAGCCUAGACAUUUAGUUAGUCUGAACGUAAAAGUGUUUUAACUAUUCCAUUGGCAGACCGCAGACGAGUAAGCCGCAUAGAAGAGUAAGACCGCAAAGAGGAUAAGCAAACGGGAUUUAGUAAAACCCUAGAGGCAAUCAAGUCGCCUCAACUUUUAUAAUGCCUGCAAGCGAACAGGUUGCUGAAGUCGGAGGUUAACUGCUGUUAUCGCCGACCGAUGAGGCAGCAUACCGACGACCAUCCGUUUAGGUGCGGCCGGUGUAGAACCAGCUAAUCACUCAGACACCGGUUAACAUUCAAACCCGAAUUGAUGUCAUUUGGGGGCAAGAUUCUCUGUUGUCGCAGACGCGGCCGCAAUCUCCUCCCGUUGGUCUCCAUCAGUACAUCAAUCUAACCACUUCCCUCUGUCUACUUUUGCUUCCCCAAAUCGCACACUUCCUAUCUAGGGCCGAUCCAAACGUGUUUCAUUAGUACCUCCCCUCGGACAGAACCAUGCCACCAUGUUAGCCUCUACCUGGGCAUUUUCUGACUUGUACAACAAUCUGUAAUCCUUUUGACAACCGACUUCGUCAUCCAAAACGUCCACAAAUAAGACGCCCUUUUUAUCUUUGUUUCCUGUCAUCGCCUCUAAUCUCUUCUUUGAAAUUUGUUAGGUCUGAUUGAAAGUUUUCGCCAAUUAAAUCACAGGACUCCUGACUGCCAUUGACAUUAUUAUUGUUCUAUUAAUGCAAGCAUAAAUGUAGAGAUUAUCAGUUCACUUAAACGUUCGAAUACAUUUACGAAAAUCCCAUAUUCCUGUGAUAUUUUAUUUACAUCCGCAGCUCAUACGAGAAGCACUGAUUUCCCCCAUAAAAUCAAUAAACAGUGUUUUCGUUUGGUGCGUUUCUUAGUAACAAUACGAACGUUUAUCAAGUAGACUAACUACAAGCAUCGCAACAUAUGAUUGAAAAUAUGGGUAACCACUGCACGGCCGGUCUUCGCAGGGUUCGAGGUUCACUUAGGAUAUUAAUCGUGAAGGUAGUUUGAUCGCCUGAGGAGAUUGGGCGUCAGUUUCUACUAACAAGUAUCCCCUUUCUACGACCACUGACAAAACAAAUGAGGAGAAAGUGUGGACUAUCUCAAAAUAUUAAAUUUUUGUGUUGUUAUAAUUCGCAAGCAGAGACGGCAGGGUCAGUAAUCAGAAGGUUGGAUUUCUUCAAAGCAGAUUUUUCGAAUAAUAGAUCAACAAACGCAUUACUAAACGAAGGUCUGCUCUAGCCAGAAAUUCACACAAUUUGAUUUCCUCUGAGUACUAUUAAUACAAAUGUGGUCAUAUUAAUAACAAUCACAUAAUCGGUCUCCUAUUUAUGAGCUGCCUUAUCAUAUGACUCCUAAAACAAAGAGCAUAAAGUCAUUUUUCUGUCAGUUUAUACUUCAAUGAACAGAGCAUGUGGAGAUGCUGUUACUUAUUAAGUAUAUUUUACACAGAUGGGCAUGCUUCCUAACGCGAUUCUACCCCCACAUGCUGAAAACAACUUUUAAAUUGCAAAUAAACAACAAAAAAAUAAUAUAACCAGAAGGUGGCCUACGUGCGCCGGCCUAACUUACACAUUAACGUAAUGCUGCAGCCAAUCAACAGACGCAACGAACCCUUCUCCACCCCUCAAGCUCGCUUGAGUAAUUAGGCGGGAAGUUAAAGUGCCAAACGUUUGGUUAUGCAAAUCACGCGGGCAAUGAAAGCGCCUGCAUUAACGAUUCAGGUGCGGGCGACAGAACCAGUACUUCGCCUGAAUCCGAACAUCCGACACGAAUGGGGGAGAGGUUAGUUUCAGUAGAUGGGGGUAACGGCAUUCUCCUAAUAGUGCGCCCCAGCUAGCCCUGUCUGAUGGUGGCUAUCAGCCGAAAUCCACACGAACAGAUUUCUAAUUCCGCUGAUCGGGACUCAUUCCACUAAUGGAGCAGAAUCUUUAAAUGGUAACACAUGAGCCACAAAGCAUAGUGCUUGAUACUGUCUAGUUGGCUGAAUGUGGCUAUUUCAGAGACUACUCUGAAUCAAAUAAAGCCAUCAUUGAAAAUUUGAUAUUCGCUUUCUCACAUGACAGGACCCAAAAUUUGAUUAUGUUAAGUCAGGGACGUUGUUAAAGGCCGAAUUAUUCUCCAAGUGAGGUAGCGCAUGCUUUACUCUUCUUUAUGGCUUACUGGCUUUACAAGUUCGACAACAGUAGGCUUUAGCGACAACACUGCACUCCUGAAUAGGAGAUACUGACUGAACUGUUUCAGUUUACACCCUAUACUAUAAUAAGCAUUGGGCCAGCAAUCAACACCAGAGGCUUUAAUUUGUGAUUUUGGCAGACUUAAGCUAUUUAUUUGAACCAGCUGUGAAAAUCUCGGCGGGUGGCUUAAACUGAACGUGAUUAGGCUCAUAGCUCCCGGUGCGGAUUCGCAACUCAGGCGGUUAGAUCGUUGACUGUACUCAAAGCCUACCCUCGUUGUCGCAUGUUCCAAUCCCAUCGAGUCCGUCCAAAUCUCACAAUUGGGUCAAAAAAUCAUAGACUUUAUCAAAAUUGUGCUUUGUAUUCAUGUUUCAGAUACUGUAGUGUUAUUCUUGCCUUUUUAUCGGAUGGUGGAAAUUCCUCGUCGUGCAUUUUACACGCGGAAAAUUUAUGCGAAACACUUAACACAAGGAAAAGUAUUUGGCGCGCAUACGCGUGCUUUCAACAAAUUCUCAUUGGGUCAGUACAUUUGUAUGGGAACGAGGUACAAACUAAAACGUGUGAGCGGUAAGAGCAAUCGAUUAAGAUUCGUCUUUGCAUACAAACGGGGUAUGUGAACAGAUCGGAGGGAAGGGAGGGGCGGCAGUAAGUGGCAGUGAGAGUUAGAAAGGGCCCUGUCACAAGGGGUGGUCGGGGCGCGGAGCCAUGCAUACAUAUAAUCGAUUCUGACCCACGGCAGACGCGGAGCGUGCAAGAGGUUCUUCUGCGUGCACAGGACCGGCCUUUGUAGCCUGACGGCAGUCGCUUCUGCUGUUGCUAGUAAGCGCUGACCCAAUCGCUUAGAAAGUUAGGUUGGGCCUUGUAAAUCUCAACGAUGGCUUCGAUGGGAUCCACACAAUGCCCAGAAUCAACCACGCGUGCGAGGAUGGAGCUGGGAAUGCUCUUAACUUCAUCUUUCUUCAGCCAUGCCGGCAGGUACUCUCGUAUUCUUGCGGAGAGGCGCCGACUCGUACGAGCAACAUAACCUGCUCCAUAGGAGCAAGUAAAGGAGUAAAUGCACAUGGGGGUGGUGUGAAAUGGUAGUAUGCCCCUACUUUGGUAGUCUAACCCUACCUUUUCCGCGUAGGACGGGGUUGGUCGAAGACAAUACUUGAACUCUUGCUACCGGGAUGGUCCGUGAAACGGCCUGGUCAAGACACCUUCUCAGGAGGUCACUCGCCGCGUCCCCAUUCAUUAACAUGCAUAUUGGGUCCGCGCAUAGGUGCCGGUUUGCCAAUGAUUAGCAGCCACUUGUGAAUUUCAACACCCUUCAUGAUUUAGGUAGGAAACUGUACUUAUUCAUAGCUAAGGGUCUAUCAAUUCCGUAAACAAUACAAUUUCAAAUGUGCCGCCGUCCUUUUACAAACAAUCUGAAUGAUGUAUUGUAGUGUUGAGCAGAGGACCGAUCCAGAAAAGAAACACCAGUUAGAUGAGCUGGAGAAGUGCCAAUUAUCACGCUUAACUAAGUGCCCUUCGUUAUCAGACGAUGUGUCGACAUAUCGUGUUCAUGUCCGAUAGCGCGCUGGCAAACGUGCUGUUACCGCUGACACCAUCAACGCGCACAAGCCGCCUUCUAAUGAAUCUCAGUUUAAAAUGUUUCCAUACGCGGUCCCUGUAGAUAAUAUAUUUGAGGAUUUAAAAAUGCCCAAAAUUACUCAAAAGGGGAUGACACUGUCGUGCAAUUAGGCAUCAGUUUGCCGCUGCCAGCUUUGGAAACACAACGUCCAUGAAUAACAGAAGAAAGCAGAAAAUAACCUGUUUCAUAGUAAUGAAAACAUAGGCAGAUCAAAAGCAACUGAUCUAUAGAUUGGCUGAGAUUUUGCCAUAUUCUUGGGCGAAUUAGCUCCUGAAAAUACGCACCCUUUGUUUUUGUCGCUUAGGGCCUUAUUUGCUCGAUGUAAACAUUAAAAAUAGAUGCAAGACCUCGCACGUUCGACUAGCUAGCGUUUUCUACCUAAAGCCUCUAUUGUUGUUGACAAAAUAAAUAUAUUUUGAGCAAACUCAUUUGGCAGCAUUUUGCGACGAUUCGCAAGCAGAACCUGGAUAUCAUUUAGUUAUCGUUUCAGGGUUGUUCAAAAGAUGCUGAAUAGUGCUUAGUUUUCUAAAUGUCGCGUAGAGUCGUCAAAGGUAACGAUUGGGCAUCGGGUAGAAUGGGAGGCUGCGAUGUGAUUGCCGUUUGUUUUCAGACUGAUUUUACAGUUCAAUAGAAGCGCACAGGAUGUGUUCGCAUUACACGGUGCAUUCGAAAUUUAAGAAUGUAAAGAUUCUGUGUUUAAGUCCUAACUAGAAAGAUGUUAAUUCAUAAAAAUGUACAUGUUCGCUUUAAGGGGAUGUUAAGAAAAGUGAGAGCCGAAUUGUUUUUGAACAUCAGGUGCGUCGGCCAUAUCGACGAAAUCAAGCGAACUCGUUUUCGUCUUGUUACAUUGCAUCCCAAUCAAUCCAAAAGCGUAAAAAAUUCCACGAAUCUUCGGUAAACCGUUUGGGAAUCAAUGCCCAGAAAGUAGGCUGUUGGAAAACCCACAUACCUGAAGUUAUACUAAUUACUAAAGUGUAUUUAAAUGUAGACUUCUCUUAAAAUCUGCGUUUAAAGGUUAUAGAUUUUGCGUGGGUUGACAUUCUAUAUAUUAAAAGCUAAAUUUUACGCAAGUAAAACCAUGUUUUGGCGUUUUCGGGAUUUUCUGCUUAUCCAUAUAGUUUACAUUAUUAAGCGACGUAACAUUGCCUUUAAUAUUCAUUUAGUGUUUUUAUUCCGUUAAAGUUCUUAUUCAUUAACAUAACUUUUGGGUCACGCAUUGGUGGCGUUUUGCCAGUGGUUAACCGUCAUUCGUAAAUUUCGACACCUUUCAUGUGUUAGAUCACGAACGUUCUUCAACGUUUAUCCAUCUUCUAUGCACCUUCUGUUGAAUCGUUGUUGUUUGCAAGCUAGAGCGUUAAAUCUUUAACUUAAUGGAACUCCUGAUAUGAUGCUGAAUGAAAUUAAAAAUGAGAGACAGGUAGCAUAUGAGAAGCAAUGGUAAUCUGAGGCCACCGGGUGACUUAGGGUAUCUGAACACGACUGAUCCUCAUAACCGAAAAGGGAACUGUUCAAACGGAUAAAAUGGCAGAACCAGUUUCCGGCAGCAGCCUGAUGCAGAGUAUCAUUUAAACUGCAGGAGUCUGCGGCGAUUUUGAUGGGGACAUUUUUGUUGGGUAAAUACUGCUCAUCGCUUCUGGCUAGAAUGGUAAAUGUAGAAAAGCACUUAAAGCAACUGCGUAUUAGAGGGUAGUAAAAAAGAAUGUGCGUUUUGAAAAAAAGGGAAACAACUAACAUUUUAGGACUAAUAGAGUUGUUUUUGCUUUCGACUUCAGCGUAAUCCCGACCGGAGUACACAUCGCAGGCGAGGGUGGUACGUGUAGUGUUCUCCAGGUAGAUGCAGUAGGCAGUUGGGGGUGUACGACAGACAUUAGCCUGCCCGUGAAUAUACAAAGCCUCUUUUAUUUCUCUCGGUUUAAUGCCAGCAAAUGUGUGGAAAUUGGCGCAUGUCUAGGUCACAAGUGCUAAGCCUUUGGAUGCAUUUUCUAAGACAUUUCAGUGCCUUUUAAAUGUUGAAAGACGACUUAACGGAAGUGUUACGUGUGAACCCACGUAACUAUCGCUACGCUUUUCUGCCGAAAUAUUUUGUUUGUCUGCGCACAUAACAAAUAAUUACACUCUCAAUCAUAAAAUAUCUGGAUAACUAUUUUAAGCAAACGUCUGACUCAUUAAAGAUCAUCUCUGGUUUCUGUGAAGAUAUGUAAAUUUAACUAGUCCCGGAUGAAAAAAGUAAAACGACACGCUGUUACCACAGCACAUGUUUCCCCGAAGCCGAUAGGAUCCUUGUCAGCGCAUUUUUGUAAACUCACAAUAAUCUCUUUGUUCUGCCCGACCUGUAUGCCGUCAGUAAUCUUGCACAUAUUUUCCUUUACAUGUUUCCCUCGUUGCGGCUUUCAUGCGUGCCUUCUAAAUGACGCCCAAGCACUCGCAACACUGGUCCCUUAAUCAGCCGUUACCACUCACGACACGCAAGAUUCCUAAACCAGGCAAACUACAGAGCUCUCAACAAAAUGUCAGUAAUGAGGUUAUGAGGGUAAAAUCCAUUUUGCUUCCUCAUCUAGUAUCCGCCAACGAUUCCAGGAAUGGCGUUAGUUUGGCAACAAACUGACAGUUUUCAAUGUCCACCGCCCUAAACUUCUGGGCCACUGCUUGCGACAGUGGGCAUAUAAGAUAUUAAUUCUAGGCCUCGGCGGGAAAAUCGGAGCUUUAGCCUUGUUGAGAUGACGCAUCUGGCCUACACAUCGCACCAAGAGUUGCCGACCUGCUAAUAUAAGUAAAAUCCCAAGUGGCACACUUAUGAGCUAAACACUUCACAAAUGCUAAUCCAUCAGGUUGCGCUGCCCAGCUUAGAAAACUGGUUUGCUGAUACCAGAUAGCCUCCACUAACAGUUACGGUAUGUUUGGUCGAUAUAACACAAACGUUGUCUGCGCGCUGACAGUCGAUGUAUUGGUGGCGCGCUCGAAGACUUUAGAAUGCAGUCGUCAUCGAAGAGGAUACAAUACAUUCUGGACGUGAAGGUAAUUGUGAUGGACUACAGACGGUGGAUUUUAAUAAUUUACCUGAGAUCAAAAGCGCAUCUCGCUAUCUGGUCGACCCCUUUGGCCGGUGUCCGACAGCAUUGUGUAGAAUUUGAGGCUGGGGUGGGUAGACUGCGGAUGCUUCCUUGCUUCGCCCUACGUAUCCCCACGUAAGUCACUUACAUUCAUUCAUUGUCUGGCAUGCUUCCCACUAUACAACUAUAUAGCUGUCUUUCCGUCGUCGUGAAUCGUCUGUGACAACCAAAUCGUCCCACAGCUUUGAAUGCUCCAUAUGGAUCAAUGAAGGUGUUGUAGAGGCCGAUGGACAUAUUUCUGCAGUUGCCGGGCAAUAUGAAGAGUGUUUUGCGGACACCGAGACUGCCGCAUUGUGUUGCGCGGUUAUUCUGGAAUUGGUAUCCACUCCCUAAAAGGCCUUCAGGUGAUUCAGUACUACCACCCUCUUCGAAAGUUUGAAAAACUGCAAGACGGGUAGACCCUGCUGCGCUUCAUCUCCGACAAUGCGUAUGUAUCGGCUGGGAUAAAUCUUGAGCACCCAGCUUCGGUUUCUAGGACAAAAGGAAAGCCACUGGAACCUAGAAGAAGAAGAAGAAGAAGAAGAAGAAGAAGAAGAAGAAGAAGAAGAAGAAGAAGAAGGAGAAGAAGAAGAAGAAGAAGAAGAAGAAGAAGAAGAAGAAGAAGAAGAAGAAGAAGGAGAAGAAGAAGAAGAAGAAGAAGAAGAAGAAGAAGAAGAAGAAGAAGAAGAAGAAGAAGAAGAAGAAGAAGAAGAAGAAGCGAUCACUGGAACAAAGAGUUCAUUGA